GAUUUAAUUCUCUGAGAGGUAGAAUCUAUUUUUGUAUCUCACACAGCGCCGUUUCAACUGUGUUCGACAUCCAUUGGCCGUUCUUUCCGAAACAAUUUCAAGAUAGAAUUUUUCUUUCCUCUUCAGUAAGUGUUAGUGAAGAAACUGUCAAUCAUGUGGAUGCAACGCACCAAUCCAGUCGUUAGUGCCAUCAUUUCCAAUGGGGCAUUUUCUCAGCAGAACCGUAACAUGGCCACAUUGAAAGCCAUUUCAAUUCGGCUUAAAUCAGUUAAAAAUAUUCAAAAAAUUACCCAAUCAAUGAAGAUGGUAUCCGCUGCCAAAUACGCACGUGCCGAACGUGAAUUGAAACAAGCCCGUCCAUACGGUGAGGGUGCAACGAAAUUUUAUGCGGUUGCCGAAAUUGAACCACCAAAAGAAAAUCCAAAAGAGCUCCUUGUUGCUGUCACAUCUGACAGAGGUCUUUGUGGUGCUGUUCACACUGGUGUUGCACGUUCCAUUCGUAACGAUCUUCAAUCGCGUACAGAAAGUACCGAAAAUACGAAAAUCGCUUGUGUCGGUGACAAAAGCCGUGCAAUUUUACAACGUUUGUUUGCCGACAAAUUCAUAUUUGUUGGCAAUGAAGUCGGCCGUAUUCCACCAAAUUUUUUGGACGCAUCGAAAAUUGCCAAUGAAAUUCUGGGAUCUGGUUAUGAUUACACCCAUGGUCAAAUCGUUUAUAAUAAAUUCAAAAGUGUUGUUUCAUAUGCAUGUAGCGCGGUGCCAAUUUUCAGCUUGAAAGCCGUUGAAACAUCAGAAAAGUUGGCCGUUUACGAUUCACUAGAUGCUGAUGUACUUAAGGAUUAUCUUGAAUAUUCAUUGGCCUCGCUUUUAUUCUAUACAAUGAAAGAGAGUGCCUGCUCAGAACAGUCAUCACGUAUGACUGCCAUGGACAAUGCGUCAAAGAAUGCCGGUGAAAUGAUUGACAAACUUACUCUUACAUUCAAUCGUACUCGACAAGCUGUCAUCACCCGUGAAUUGAUUGAAAUUAUUUCCGGUGCCGCUGCAUUGGCCUAAAAUAUCCAUCCAAACUAGUCAACACUUUUAAAUCGAUCAACUUAUCUAAAUUAUUUUUGUUUAAAAUUUCUUGUACACGAACCAAAGGAACCAAAAAAAAAAAAAAUUACUAUUAUCUUUGUGACAAUCAAAUGACAAUUCAAAAUACGAAUAAAUUUAGUCAAUGUUCAACAACCAUCGUA